AGAAUAUUUCUUAAUUAUUUUAUUUUGAUAUUUUAUUCCAGAUAUGACGUAGGGAUAGGGUUGAAUUUAGAGUGAGGCUGCAUAAAGAAAAGAAGGAACGACGGAAUGACCGAACAAUCAGAAAAGCGAGAUUUUUUCGUCGCCCCCGCUUUCUAUAAGCCUCUGCAGGAUCUCUCCACGAGCCAGGGAGAAUGCCUGGUGUUGGAAUGCCGGGUCAAGGGGGUUCCCCCGCCCAAGCUGACGUGGCGAAGGGAAGGUGACGUCAUUGAUGAUUGUCCGGAUUUUCGAAUUUUGCAUCGAGGGGAAAUUGGAACUCUUGUUAUCGGGGAGGCUUUCCCAGAAGACAGCGGGAAGUUUACUUGCGAGGCUGUUAAUAAAGCUGGAGAAGCUGUGACGUCAUGUGACCUCACUGUUAAAGGUGGUGCAUACCAUUCGAUUGCUACCAAAUCACCAGCGUCACCGCAAUCGUUUCUGCAGCCAAGACCGACCCAGGUUCUUCCAGCGCAACCACCAGUUCACUGCCCGCCACCCAAAGUCGCCGCACCACAAGCAACCCAUAAACCACAGACUCAAAUCUCAAAGUUAAGCAUAGUACCGAAGCAGAAACCGCGCAUCUACGUCAUCGGUGACGAUCGCGUGACGUCAUCACAAGAAACGCGGCUCGUCACGCCUGUCAGGUCACACUCACCAGUCUCCACUGCAUCAUUGAACGUCAACGUCACUCCUACGUCACCAACGCCUAUUGUUACGUCAUUGUUGCAACCGUAUAAUCGAACCCCAUCUCCUGGAGUGUCACCCCCUUGUCCUUCACCGUCACGGACCACGUCACCGUUUCCAUUGGAAACCAUCGACAUGUCGUCAUAUAACAACGACAACAAUGCCGACGAGAAUCAUAAUUUCAAGGCGGAGAAAGACCAGUUGGUCCAACAAGUCAGUAACACUGUUACCGCCCCACUACCCAAGCAAACUAAGCAAAGAAACCAUUCGAGCAGAGAAUUUGCAAUUAUUCAGCGUGAUAUUGAGCACAGGCAGGCAAUGAUGUCAUCGACUGCGUCACCAAUUACGUCACUACAGCGUCCUCAAGAACUUUAAGGCGAUGGAUGGAACGUCGACAAAGUUUAGUUGUCGGGUGACAGCAAUUCCCUCAGCGAAGGUUUUCUGGUUCAAAGAUGGAAAGCAAAUUUCGAAGAGGUCGCAACAUUACAUACAACGUAGUGACGACCAGGGUUGCCACGAGUUAAGCAUCCCCCAUCUGUGUAUGGAGGACGAUGGUAACUACACUGCCCUUGCAACUAAUCCACAGGGUCGAGUGAGCACUUCCGGUCGUCUCGCCAUGGUCUCUGAGAAGAACAGAUCAGUGGCGAAUGAUGGCAACCACCCCAACUCAAACGUUGUGAGAAAAAGUCCUACAAGCCCUCAUGGACGCCGUGUGACCUCACCAGUCAUUACGUCACCGAGGCAGUUGAUGCCUCAUGAAUUGCCGUCACCUCCUAUAGCAGUAAACGCUGCACCGCAAGAGGUGCUGCCUGAGAAAGGCCAGCUAGCAGCUGACGAAGAAAGCCCGAUAGAGAAAUACUACAGACCCAACUUUAUUCAGAAACCAGCAGCGGAAAACAACGUUGAAGAAGGAAAACUCGUCAGGUUUGACGUCAAAGUUACCGGGCUUCCACUUCCGGAGAUUGAAUGGUUUAUCAAUGGACGUCCAGUGCGACAAGAUUCCUUGCAUAAGAUAUUGGUAAGGGAGAAUAAUGUACAUAGCUUGUUGCUGGAGCGAGCUUCACCAAUGGACGAGGGACAGUACACGGUUGUUGCAACUAACAAGGCAGGGAGUGCCACUGUCAAUGUACAACUACAUGUAGCAGCCCGUGAGUUCAUGACACCACCAGCGUUCGUACAGAGGCUGGCUGCUAAUUGCGUGGCAGAGGGGGAGCCUGUGAGAUUGGAGGCGAGGGUGGUCGCUACCCCGAGACCAAUCAUUACUUGGAAGAAAGGAUCAGAUCAAAUAAUGCAUGACCACAGGACACAGUUAUACCAGGAUGAAUCCGGUUAUGUCUGUCUUCAGAUCUCGCAGACUUCUCUGAGGGACGCAGCGUGGUACACAUGCAGCGCUACCAAUAAAGCUGGGAUAUCUAGCUGCAACUGCAAGCUUGAUGUUUACUCGCCUACAUGCGACGCACCGAGUAGCAAGCAUCGGAUUCGAACCCCGCAUAGAUAUGCAAACCUCGCAAAGGUGGCUGGAGUUGACAUGAGAGAAGCUCUGACACCUGACGCGCAAUCGCAUCAUAUUCUUCCAGAAUCAGAUGAUCUGUAAACGGCUAUAAAUGAAAAUAUCGUUUUUGUAACAUUUUCAUCAUUGACCUUCAUGGGAAAUCACACUAAAGAGAACUAUGAACGCAAAAUACUGGACAAUAACUGGCCACGUCUGCUCCACCGAAGGGGGAAUGAGAUUGUGCCGUGUGUGACAUGAUUUCGCCUUUACUGCUACUAUAAAAUGUUCUGGAGAUAAAAAAAACUUGUCGGUUGCAUAAAUCUUUACAAUACUUUCUGCGAAUAAACUUUUGUGCAGUACAGCCAGUCGUGUGAUGUUCAAUACUGUAUUAUGUGCAUGAUUCCUCUGCAAUAAUAUUGCUAUGUAUAACGUGUCAAGUGUUGUAUUCAUACACUGUUGCAUGCGGCCUUUGGCGGGAUGUUUAAUCGUUAGUAAACUUUGAUCAAAAAAAGAUGAA